GACCUUUCGUUCUUAAUACGGCAGGCGGUGUCACGUGCUUCUGGGCCUCGGGUUUCGAUGCGCCCACCGUUGGAGCUUUGCUGCCGACUCUAGAAGACUGAAGCCGGAGGAAACGACCGUCUGAGGGAAACUGGUCUUGUGCUGUCAAAUUUCUUGCGCUCGCUGUAUAUUUAUUAACUAUCAUUCAACAUGCCCGUCGUUGCUGGUCCCCCCCAAGGGCAUGGUCCCUCUACCUUUGAGAAGAUGAAGAUGGGUGCCAUGAUGGGAUCCACUGUUGGAGGUAUCAUGGGCUUCAUCAUCGGAACUGUCACCAUCUUCCAGUACGGAGCUGGACCUAACGGUGUUAUGCGUACCCUGGGUAAAUAUAUGCUUGGUUCCGGUGCUACUUUUGGUCUCUUCAUGUCCAUCGGCAGCGUUAUUCGUACCGAAGGCCCUCACAACGAUGCCUGGCUCCGCGCUCGCGGACCCCCGAUGAUGCUCCCCCGUCAGAGCCCUCUGCGCCCUAUGCGCGACUAAAUAUUUGAUGAGAUGAUGGAAUUAUACCAAUUGAGGGAUGUGAGCUUUGCGAGGUGGAGGAAGACUGUACGAUAGCGUAUCCUGAAACAUGGAGCAAGGAAUGACAAGUUAAUCGCCGAGACGUCAAGACAGAGCAGAGCAGCAGUGACAGUAUCAUGUACAUAUCGAAGGGCAACUCAACCCUGUCCGCUAGUCACCCAUGCGUUGCAAUGUAUUGAACGUCCUGGCAUGAUUGGGUUAAUCAUAAUGGAAGUCAUGAAUGAUGCAUGCUAUAGCAAGUGCUGGUAUAUUCAUCAGUAUAGUGGUCAUCUACAUCGCAGCUUCACAUUAGUGAAGUAUCAUACUACUGACCAUUCACACCCAUGAUACUCUGCAAACAAGCACUGAAAAGAGAAAAAAAAGAAAAGAAAUCUAUACCCUUGAUUUUUCCAACCUCAAGUCUAUCCAUC